GCGAUGAACGUCAAACGAAAUUCCUGAAAGAAUAAUUUUAUUUAUUUGUUUUAUGAACAAUUCAGUUACAUGUUAUGUUAAUACGGUCACCAACCAUGAGCAGCCACGAAGACGAUGAUCUAGACGACGACUUGCCGUGCGUGUCUCUAAGCCGAUCAACAAGUGGAAAGAGUGAGUUGGAGAUGCCGCCAGCGUCGCAGUUGGCGUCGUUGCGAGCUCGCGAGGACGCGGCGGAGCGCGCGUUGCAAGAUUUACAUGAAAACAAUGAUCCACUUUUGGUCAGCCUUUCUAGAAGUACUAGCCAGAGCUCGGCCAGUGAGGAGGGUGAGGCCGCAUUAUCAGCAGCAGUAUCAGCACUGCAGGUAGCAGAAACUCCACCCGACACCCGAGGAAUGCGCGCAGAGCGCUUGCAGCUCCUGACGGCUAUGAGGGACCAUUUCCCGGAGGAUAGGGUGUUUCUUGAUAGUUAUAUAAAGAUGAUGAAGGAUAAACCGGAGGCGGUGGAUGGUGUUACUGAACAUAUCCUGCAAGGUAUCUCCUCAGCCCUAAUAUGCGGUCGCACCCCCAACAUCCCCGGCGCGGCGGCCUGGCUGCUCUGUGUCGCGCUGAGCUCUGCGCGCGCACUGCGUGCACGGCGCGCGCUGCACGCCGUGCUGGAGCACGCUAGUGGCGCGCAAGUGCAAGCACUGGCUGCUGCCGCUAGUGCGGCUAUUAAAGACGCGGAUCAACUAUUGGCAGCUUACGACGCAGUACGGACUGGAACGAGACGCGGAGCGGACCAACUAGCAUCUAUCCUACUUGCUCACGCCAUGGCAAGAGUUUUAGCUCAGAAGGAUAAAUCGCCGUCCGAAUCCGCCCCACCUUCCCCUCUCUCCUCCGAAUCUGUUACAUUGGUGCGAGCCACCUGGAGGAAGUUACCAACCCGUUCACAACUCACACUGCUGCGUUGUGUCGGACGCGCCCUCGCUUCUGCGGGGGACACGGGGGACAAAGGGGACACGGGGGACAUAAAGGAAAAAGGGGACGUGAAAAAAGGAGACUCGGGGGAUAUUGCGAAUGAAGAUACGGGAGACAAAAUGGACACUGAAGACGUGAGCGACGUCAAAAAAGGUAUUAACAAACGUAUCAAAACUUCAACUAAUAUUCCGCAAAAGAUUCAUAAGCGAUCCAGAAGACCACCCGCUAGAUGCCGCACUAAACUGCUCACAGAACUCACUAGACGAAUCCCUAGAUGCCACACCCACAAAAACAGAGUUAAAAAUACAAAUACCGAUGAGAUUGGUCACACCUAUGAAACUACACUUUCCAAUAUCACAAAAGACACAGCCAAUUUUAAAAACACAUGAAAAUGUAGGGACGAUAAAAAAGAUAGCGAAAGGACAGAAAAAGAUGGAUGAGUUUUUUAAACCUCAAGUUAAAGUGAUAGAAGAGGAAAAGGAACGUUCGCCGGAACCGAAGAGGAUUAAAAGGCAGAGGCCGGAACGAAAAUGUGCUAAGAGUGGGAAGAGCUAGCUUUUCUACAGUUAUUUAGUUAUACCAGUUGGUUGGUGGCCAAUUAAUGGCGAAUUACCCUAUAUGACAUCUAUUUUAGUUCUAAUUCUAAUUUAAGUAUUCUUAAAUGAUAGGUAUUUUUGUUACUGUUGCAUUCCUUUUUUUUUCUCUAGCCUACUUUGGUGCCCCACUGCUGGGCAAAGGCCUCCCCUCGUUUUCUCCACUCGACCCUGUCAUCGGCAUUUUCCCACCAUUUGGGCAUUCCUUUUAUUAAUAAAAAACGUCCAUAAUGAGCGUUUCGAAUGUUAUAGUUUUAACUUUAUAUUGGCUGUGAAAGAGUGUUACAAUAGUUUUAAAAUGCAGAUUUUAUGUUCUUUUUCAUACUUAGACUUUCAGCGUCGUGACUUUCUGUAAGAUAUUUAUUUACUUAACCCUUUGAUCAAGUACGCUCUCGGUCACAGUAUAAUAGCAACCUUCCUGCCUUCCGAUAACCCUUGUUUUGCUAUAAAAGGCGUGGCGUUCAAAUGGUUAAUAGUGUGUAGGCCAUUAUUUUAUACCAUUAAGGCCCACUUGCACCAUCUCACUUACCCGGGGUUAAGCAGUUAAACCGUUAACCUAGUGUCAAAUUGUACUGGUAACCAUGUCAGGUUUAACCGGUUAACUCCGGGUUAGUGGGAUGGUGCAAGCGGGCCUAAGAGAAACUUGUGAUACUAGAUUGUAUAAAUGGGUUAAAUGCAGAACACAUGUGCCCUGUUUAUCAAAAACUUGUUACUUGUAAUACAAGUGGAAGUCCCUUUCUUACAAAAGCUGUCAAAAAGUGACAUGGCCGUGUUGCAUAAUAAACUACAACUAAUAUUACAAGCGGAACUCCUUUUCUAAUAAGUGAAGUUAGAAAAGGAGUUCCGCUUGUACAAGCGUUGAAUAUUACAAGCGGAACUCCUUUUCUAAUAAGUGAAGUUAGAAAAGGAGUUCCGCUUGUAAUAUUAGUUGUAGUUUAUUAUGCAACACGGGCCUUGUAUUACAAGUUCCAAGCUUUUGAGAAACGGGCCCCUGGCACUAUGAUACUAUGACAGCCAUUUAGGGCCACUUGUACCAUUCACUAAACCGGGGUUAAUAGGUUAAACUUGGAGUGUCACCAUGGUUACCAGUACAAUUUGACACUAGCUUAACGGUUUAACCGGUUAACUCCGGGUUAGUGGGAUGGUGCAAGUGGGCCUUAGCAUAACUAUUAAACCUUGCGGCGGUAGCACGGUCGCAUUUUUAUCACCUGACACCAUGCCUGUCACGUUCUAACAAUUAUGUAAGUGCGAAAGAGACAGGCAUAGUGAUAGGUCGUAAAAAUGGAACCAUGCUGCCACCUUGGACUCCCUAUAAUAUUUGUAUACAGGGUUAUGAAAGUGAGAAAUUUUACCGGUUUAGAUACAAUACAAAAUAAAUAUUCUGCAUUUCACCAAAAAGCUUUUGUAAUACACCACCGAAUUGUAGAUUUUUAUAUUUGUAAGGGUUAAUGUUACAGAACACUUUUAAAGUAUAUUAAACUUAGAAAACAUGUUUUCAUUGAUAUUAAAAGAUUUGAUUUAA